CGGAAGGGUCCGGAGGGAAACGUUGCCACUGAAGCAAGGGACCCGGUAGCAACUUGGUUCCUGCGCGGAUGCUGGGGCUGUAAGGCGCCGGGCGGUCGACUGGUUGUGGAUCGCAGGAGGAGGACGCCGGGGCCCACCGUCCAUCCACUGCUACCAUGAUUCCGGUGUCGCUGCUGGUGGUGGUGGUGGGUGGUUGGACCGCCGUCUACCUGGCCGAUUUGGUGUUGAAGUCAUCUGUGUAUUUUAAACAUUCUUAUGAAGACUGGCUGAAAACCAAUGGAUUGAGCAUCUCUCCUUUUCAUAUAAGAUGGCAAACUUCAGUUUUUAAUCGUGCCUUUUACAGCUGGGGACGACGGAAAGCAAGGAUGCUUUACCAAUGGUUCAAUUUUGGAAUGGUGUUUGGUGUAAUUGCCAUGUUCAGCUCAUUUUUUCUCCUUGGAAAAACACUGAUGCAGACUUUGGCACAGAUGAUGGCUGACUCUCCUUCUUCUUCCUCUUCCUCCUCUUCCUCUUCCUCUUCUUCCUCUUUCUCUUCCUCCUCUCUUCACAAUGAACAGGUGUUGCAAGUUGUGGUUCCUGGUAUAAAUUUACCUGUCAAUCAGCUGACUUACUUCUUCGCUGCAGUCCUCAUUAGUGGUGUUGUACAUGAAAUUGGACACGGUAUAGCAGCUAUUAGGGAACAAGUUCGAUUUAAUGGCUUUGGAAUUUUUCUCUUCAUUAUUUAUCCUGGAGCAUUUGUUGAUCUGUUAACCAACCAUUUGCAACUUAUAUCACCAGUCCAGCAGCUAAGGAUAUUUUGUGCAGGUAUAUGGCAUAAUUUUGUCCUUGCUCUCCUUGGUAUUUUAGCUCUUCUUCUACUCCCAGUAAUUCUCUUACCAUUUUACUACACUGGAGUUGGGGUACUUAUCACUGAAGUUGCAGAGGACUCACCUGCCAUUGGACCCAGAGGCCUUUUUGUGGGAGACCUUGUCACUCAUCUUCAGGAUUGCCCUGUUACUAACGUGCAAGAUUGGAAUGAAUGUUUAGAUACUAUUGCAUAUGAGCCCCAAAUUGGUUACUGUAUAAGUGCAUCAACGUUACAACAAUUAAGCUUCCCAGUUAGAGCAUACAAACGACUAGAUGGUUCUACUGAAUGCUGUAACAAUCACAGCCUCACAGAUGUGUGUUUUUCCUACAGAAAUAACUUUAAUAAGCGCUUGCAUACAUGUCUACCUGCCCGGAAAGCAGUUGAAGCUACCCAAGUUUGUAGAAGCAAUAAAGAUUGCAAAACCAGCUCAAGUUCAAGUUUCUGUAUAGUACCAUCUUUGGAAACUCACACUCGAUUAAUAAAGGUGAAGCAUCCACCUCAAAUUGAUAUGCUGUAUGUAGGACACCCACUGCAUCUUCACUACACAGUGAGCAUCACAAGUUUUAUCCCACGUUUCAACUUUCUAAGCAUAGAUCUGCCCGUGAUUGUGGAGACAUUUGUCAAGUAUCUGAUUUCUCUUUCUGGAGCUCUGGCUAUUGUUAAUGCAGUGCCCUGCUUUGCUUUAGAUGGUCAAUGGAUUUUAAACUCUUUCCUGGAUGCUACCCUUACCUCAGUGAUUGGAGACAAUGACGUUAAAGAUCUCAUAGGAUUUUUCAUCUUGCUUGGUGGCAGUGUACUUUUAGCUGCCAAUGUGACACUGGGACUCUGGAUGGUUACAGCACGGUAAUAUUUGCUCUCGUCCAACAGAAUGUAUGAAGUACAGCUAAGUGGGAAUAUCUGUUGCCGUUGAAAUUCUUACUAGGUAUGAAAUGUAAAGUGUUUCCUUCAAGCAUCUUGACCAACAUCUUUGAGCUCCUAUAUCUAGAGAAUCCAAACUCUGUAGUAGAAAAGGAGUGGAAGAAAUGAAAAAGCGUAAUUCCUGGCUACAUUCUAGUUUUAAAGAUUGAAUGUGCAAAUUUUGAAUGUUUGUGGAACAAUUUGUAAACAAGUGAAAAUUUAUUCAUGUAAUGCCAUUUUGUGUGACUAUAUAGCAUUUUGUAAUAGUAAAAGGGAAAGCAAAAUCUGGUGGUAAAAUUGUGUGUAUGUGUGUGUGUAUGUGUGUGUGUAUGUGUGGUACUAGAGUUUGAAAUAGGGCCUCACUUAUACUACUUAUGCUAAGCAAGCAUUCUACCACUAAGCUAUAUUUCCUGCCCCAGGAAAAAUUUAAAAAGUGCCAUUAAAAUGAUGUGGGGGUGCACUCCUAUAAUCCCAGCACUUGUCUUUAUGUGUUUGGGAGGCUAGGCAAAAGGAUCAUGAAUCCAGGGUCAUCCAUCUUUAGCUACAUAGUGGGUUCCAGGUCAGCAUUGGCAAUAUAGCAAGACCCCGUCUCAAACACACACGCAGGCACACUCACAGGCACACACAUGCAUCAUUAAAGAUUUAGGAACACUAGAUUUUGGUUAAAUGGAAGACUGAGCAAGUGUUCUUGGUUAUAGUACUUAUCUUUAUCUUGUUUGUAAAGUAUUUUAAAGUUUAAUGGUGUGUUAUUCUAUAUUCCGAAUACCAAGGUCUGGUUACAAUUAAACCAGUAAAAUUCUAUGAAAGUAUCUGCUAACAUGGGAGCAAAAACUCUGUGCAAGUAAUACCAAGUAAAUGGACAAAGUUGAACAUAGCCAAGGCCUGUGAUGAGAUAAGAUAGUUUUGUUGCACAAGUAUUGCCUUUUUCGUAUCUCCACGUUUGUUCUAUAGAGUAUGCUGCAGGAAGGAUCUCCCACAGUGGCAUUUGAGCUCAGGCAGUUAGACAUGAAUUUGAGAUCUAAGCUGAGUCCUCUAACAGAUCACAACAGAACAGACAUUGCAGCAAGUCUACUAUCCACUUUGUAGAGUUUUGCAGCCUGGAACUCUUCUGGGCUAGGCCUUUUGCUUUAUGCUGCAACAGCAUUCACCCCUGAGCCACACUCUGUCCUCACCAGCAUUUAGUAUGUUUCUCUCUGUUGGGGGAUUAAACACCCGAUCUUUGUUUUCCGUCUCCCCCUAAGCUACCUCUGUGAGUACACAAAGACUUGGUAGGAUAGUGAGAAUGACUGCACAAAUAUGGAUUUUUCAGAGUCUAGUAACACACUCUUGAGCCCUAAAGAACCUCAGUCGCUCUUGUAGGUAGCAGUGGAACCCUGGGAAAUUCAGAGUCAGCUGACCAGUGUGAAACUGUUAGUCUUAGGGAUAUAUGCACAUAAUUUUUCUUUCAUGAAAAAUAUACAUUUGAUGAACCACACACACAUUAGAAGUAAUGAAAGGCAAUGCUUCAUUCACUAAUAGCCAGAUAUAUACCUCCUUCCUGAAGUAAGGUACUUCAUGAGGUUACCUUUUUCAGAACAUUAGUUAUCUUAAGCGCCUAAAACUUUUAAACCAAUUUUUAGACAUAUUAGAUUUUAUUACAAAUUUGCCUUCAUUAUUUAAUAGAAAUCAUACACUGAAUAUCAUUUUGAGAUUUUAUUAAUGUUAGGCCAUUAGUUGCUAACAAUACUAAAGGCAUACACAUUUACUAAUUUUUAGUUUUUAUCCCUGAAAAUACGGUAUUUAUUGUCGUCUAAGGUCACUCAGGACCAAAAUAUAUUUGCAUACUAAAAAUGCACAGACCUUUUCAGGUAAAACAGACAAUGCCAUGAAAUACUCAUAUAAUUAACUUGAUCGCAUGUAUUAGAUAGUUUACUAAUGAAAAUGUAUGUGUUUAAAUCAUUUUUUCAAUACUGAGGAAAACAAUUAUUGUUUACUGUGGUACUUAUAGAACCCAGCUUAGCCUCACACAUGCUAGCAACCAUUCUACCACUAAAUUAUCCCAUAGGCCAUGAAAAUAUUUUAAUAAGAGGAAUUUCUAUCCACUAACUUCAUUUUCUAAGUGAAAGCAACAACAAGACAAAACCUCAUUUCAUAUUCGCUGCUGAACACCUCUGUCAGCUAAUCUGUAGGAUUAGGGUAUGGGACCUUCUCUCCUCCUGGAAGUCCAGCAGAUUUGUAUACAAAUGGCUUCAUUGAUUAAGAAAGGAGAUGUUACAUAUUGUCUCUUCAGCUUCACUGUGGACUCUUCUACUGUUAGGAUGUGUCAUUCAUACUCAGUUUUGUCUCCCUGCACAGUGCAUGAGAUAUCAGAAGUGCUUAAUUUGCUUGAAUGGAUGGUGAUUGGUGUUUAUUUAUGGAUAGAAAAGCAUGCUUAUAUUUAAGUAAGCUGUAAAAAAAUUGUUGACUAUUUACUGUACAUAUAUGUUAACAUAAAAAAUUUGAAGGUCUUUAUGUCCCUGAUGUAUUAUCAUUUUUAUGCGGAAAAAUCCAUUUUAGUUUCUGUAGAGCAAUUAGAAAAAUGAAUUAUAUUGGAAAAUGAUUUAUGUUGGUGAUUUUGAAGAAGUAUCUUUGUGUUAUCACUUUGUUCAACAGUAAGAUUUUAUUCUCAGUGUUCCUGUUCUGUAUUGUUUACAUUUUAAGGUUUUUAUUUUAAUCAGAUGUAAUUAUAAAGAUUGUAUAUAUUAUUUUCAGCAUCUCAGUUUGAAGAAACAUACAGUUAAACUUGACUUUUUGAUAAUCAGUUCUUAGUCAUCGUGUUAACAACAAAUUGUAAAAUAUGCUUCAUAGUGAUGUGACUCUCUGUCGUCAUUGUGUCCUUGGUAUUUAUUGAGCAUCCACAUACUAGUGGCACACAGAUAUUUUUUCAAUAACUUUUGAGUGAGCUGUAAUUCAUUUUUAGGCUUUAACUUGAUGGUAUAAUAAUUGUCAGAAUUUGAUGUUUAGCAAUAAAAUAACACAUGUAAGCCAGCAUUUUA